CACGCCCCUCCCAGUUCAGUUAAGGACAUAGUCAUCACUACGGUGUACUGAAGUUCUGUCGUUGCAUCAUUUCAGGCGCUGAGGAGAAUACUAUUAAUUCACCCCUUUGUGUCAACGACAAAGCCCCAGGAUGUGUGGUAUAUGGGCCUUGUUUGGCAGUGAUGAGUGCCUGUCGGUUCAGUGCACCAGCGCUAUGAAGAUUGCCCACCGGGGCCCUGACGCCUUUCGCUUUGAGAACAUCAACGGCUUCACUAACUGUUGUUUCGGCUUCCAUCGCCUGGCUAUUGUAGACCAGCUGUAUGGCAUGCAGCCCAUCCGCAUCAAGAAGUUCCCCUACCUCUGGCUUGUCUACAACGGAGAAAUCUACAACCACCAUACGCUGAAGGAGCAGUUUGAGUUUACUGACUACCAGACCAAAGUAGAUGGUGAGAUCCUGCUUCACCUGUAUGAGCGCUUCGGCAUUCAGAAGAUGGCGUCCCUAUUGGAUGGAGUGUUCGCCUUCGUCCUCCUGGACACAGCCAAUAGGAAGGUUUUCCUGGGGAGGGAUACGUAUGGCGUGCGGCCUUUGUUCAAACUACUGACUGACGACGGCUUCCUGGCUGUGUGCUCUGAGGCAAAAGGUCUGACAGAUAUCACCCACUCAAUGUCCUCACCUCCUAAGAUCACUCCAUUCCUCCCAGGACACUUUGAGGUGUUUGACCUGAAGCCCACAGGGAAGGUAGGGUCUAUUCAGAUGGACCGCUUCCACUGCUGCACCCAGGAGCCCAACCACGCUGCCUAUGACACAGUAGAGAGGCUCCCCUCAGGUUUUGUCCCAGAGACAGUGAAGAGCAACAUCCGGUCUUUGUUUGAGAACGCUGUCCGGAAACGCCUCAUGGCCCACAGGAGGAUCGGCUGUCUUCUCUCAGGUGGUUUGGACUCUAGUCUGGUGGCAGCUACGCUGGUUAAACUGGCCAAAGAGGAGAAGUUGAAGUACCCUAUCCAGACCUUCGCUAUCGGGGCUGAAGACAGCCCAGACAUUCUGGCUGCUCGCAAGGUGGCGUCCUACAUCGGCAGUGAGCACCACGAGGUGAACUUCACCCCUGAGGAGGGUCUCAAAGUCGUGGAGGAGGUCAUCUUUCACCUGGAGACCUAUGACAUCACCACCAUACGCGCCUCUGUCGGCAUGUACCUAGUGUCAAAGUAUAUCCGUGAGAAGACUGACAGCGUGGUGAUCUUCUCUGGGGAAGGCUCUGACGAGCUGACACAAGGAUACAUCUACUUCCACAAGGCUCCCACUCCCAAGGCAGCAGCAGAGGACAGUGUUCGUCUGUUGAAGGAGCUGUACCUGUUUGACGUGCUCAGAGCAGACCGCACCACCUCUGCACACGGUCUAGAGCUGAGAGUGCCUUUCCUGGACCACAGGUUCACAGCGUACUACCUCUCCCUGCCUGAGGAGAUGAGGCAACCUAAGGAUGGAGUGGAGAAGCACCUCCUCAGAGACUCAUUUAAAGGUCUGAACCUGAUCCCAGACGAGAUCCUAUGGCGGCGUAAAGAGGCCUUCAGUGACGGAAUGAUGUCUGUCAAGAAGUCCUGGUACAACAGCCUGCAGGACCAGAUGGAGUCUGAGGUGAACGACUUCCAGCUGGAGAAGUCUCCUAAGACGUUCCCGUUCCUCCCUCCCAGAACCAAAGAGGCGUACUUCUACCGCCAGGUGUUUGAGAAGCUUUACCCGGGCCAGGCUGAGUGGCUCAGCCACUACUGGAUGCCCCGCUGGAUCAAUGCUACAGACCCCUCAGCCAGAACCCUCUCCAUCUACAAGCCUGACAAGGACCAGUGAUACAGAAACAACAGUGGCUCUUUUCCAGUGUCCUCACUAGCGUAGCACUUAGAGUGAAGCAGUCUAUUGAGCAUGCAUGCAUUCUAAGUGGUAUGAUAGUAUGGAUAUUGGAACGUAGACUGUGUCAGCUGUCAAUCACUUGUGCCAUUAUUACUACACCUCAUCUUCACACCAUUACUACACCUCCCCUUCACCACAUACCUAUCUGGAAACAGUCUGAUGCUAAAGUUGUGAUUUUUAUGGAAUUCUGGGUAACGAUUAGGCUUACUUUUCAUGCAAAUGAUCACGGUUAUUGUAAUUUUGGUUUAAAAAUGGUUUGACCUUGUAACGCUUCAUAAUGCAUCUUUAGAUAAGACAUAUCUAAUUAGCUACGAUAAACCUAAUGAAUAGAACACAGCAUUGGUGACAUUCCUGUUUCAAAAAUGAAUGGAUUUGACCUCUUGGAACUUUUGGAAAUGAAACUUCUCCCAACCGUGCCGUUCCGCUCAUAAAAUGAUUAUCAACUUUACCCAUUUCAUGUAAAACUGCUAUUGGGUAAAUUUAUUUCUACUUGAAUAUAAAGUUGAAUCCCCCAUUCUCCUGAAACUUGAAUCUAAAGUUGAAUCCCCCUUUUCCUAAAAUUAAUUUAUUAAGACUAUUUUUUUAGUUCACGUUAUUGACCAUAAUUGUCGGUUACGCAGCUCGAUGGAGGAAUCAUCAAGCUCUAGUACUUAACCAGUGUUAAUUACAGUUACAGGGUCAGUACUGAUUUGGGAAACUGCUGUUUCACUAGGAAUAGUUGAUAAUGUUGGAAGACUGGAAUGAUGCUGUAGGCCAUCUAUCUGGAAUUUAGUAGCACUACUGUAAUGCUUUCAUCGAUUAUAGUACCAUAUGGUGAUUACAUAGUAUAUAUUAUUAUAUCUAAAUUACAAACAUAUUUUAACAGCUUCAGACAUUGGCUAAACCUUAACAUGAUAGUUAACUGUUCCUAAUGAGUGCAUUUUUCUGUCAUUUACAUUAAGUUAGAUGUGUAUAACCGGUACUGCAAUUGUCCUUUUGCCUCUUACCCAGACAGGGAGUAGGCUGUAAUAGGUUCAAUUCCGUGCAAGAAGAUGUCUUGAUUAUGUCACAGGAGACAAUAGACAGGAUAACUUUUAGGUAUAGAUCAGUUGCGGUCAGUGCCGUUCUAUUUCAGCAUGUUGGAUGACUGUCAUUCAUAUUCCAUUCAGCCAGUUCAAUGUAACAGCGAUAGGUUCAGACUACUACGUGCUUCUCAUAUUUUCCCUAUUACCAUCAUGAGGUUGCUACAACCUAGCCUAUGAAUGAACUUUUAUAACGUAGCUGCACACAGGUCCAGAGACAUAUUUGAGGUGACAGAUGGUGACAUUCAAUACCGCCUUGCACACUCUGUCCUGCAUCUAGCUGAUAUAGGACGUAAUCAUUGGUCCAACAGUUGAAACAGCGCCCCCCUAGAC